AUGGAAAUUAUUUCAUCAAAAAGUUUCAUUUUACUGACGUUAGCCACAUCACUCUUGUUAACAUCACAUAUCUUUUGUGCAGAUGAGCUAACACUGGGACAUCUUCACAGUAAAAAAAAUUAUGACAAAUGUUCCAAGCCUAGAGGAACCCCAAAAGGAGAAAAGGAAAGAAGUUUCAGUUUUCAAGAAUUAAAAGAUUGGGGACCAAAAAAGGUCAUCAAGAUGAGUACACCUGCAGUCAAUAAAACACCACACUCUGCAGCCAACCUGCCACUGAGAUUUGGGAGGACCAUGAAAGAAGAAAGAAGCCCUGGGGGUUCAGUCAACCUCCCUCUGAGAUUUGGAAGAAAUAUGGAGGCGAGCAUCUCCAGACAUGUUCCUAACCUUCCCCAAAGGUUUGGGAGAAUGACAGCAGCCAAGAGGGCCUCCAAGACACUGAGCAAUUUGUUCAGACAAUCCACGCCUUCACUCUCCACCAGUGAGUUACUCCACUGCAUGGCCUGCCAGAACCAAGAAAUCUAGAAUCCUGACAAAAACAACCAAGGAGGCCGGUGUUCAAGAAAAUAGAUGAUGCAGAAGUGAAAUAAGAAAACUAAGAACUCUGGAGCCUGUCCCUAAAGAUGAUAUGAAACUGUGGCCUGCAAUCUACAGGCAGCUCU